AUGUAUCGACGCACUACAGCCUUAUAUUUGGUCAUCCAGGCCGUUCUCACCAGCGCGGUGCUCGAUCCAAGACAGGAUCCUAGCGUGUUGUUAGUUUGCACGCAGAUUGCAAGCUCCAUCUCAUCCGCAUCAUCUGUGUCCUACCCAUGCACGGCCGACGACCUUGGUACGAUUCUCCAGAUUCUGGGUAACACAAGAACUCCGUUUGCCGUUAAAGGAGGUGGACACAUUAUGAACCCCAACUAUUCCUCCACAACCGGCGUCCAGAUCGCGAUGUCGCGGUUUGAUGAAAUCGACUAUGAAGCCUCCACUUCGACUGUCGCUGUCGGAGCAGGUAACAUAUGGGACAAUGUAUAUGAGGCGUUGAUGCCCUACAACGUCAACGUCGUCGGUGGGAGAGUCUCCGGCAUUGGCGUGGCGGGGUUCAUCCUCGGUGGGGGGUACUCAUGGUUGACGAACCAGUAUGGGCUCACGCUUGACAAUGUGCUCGCCUAUGAGCUGGUGUUGCCUAAUGGCACCAUAACCACCGUUUCAGUGUCAUCCAAUCCGGACUUAUUCUUCGGUUUGAGGGGCGGGUAUAACAACUUCGGCAUCGUUACGACAUUCACCUUGGCCACAUACCCUCAAGGCCUGGUGUGGGGUGGUCAAAUCGCGUACACGGGGGACAACGUGGAUGCACUCAAUAUUGCCACUGCGAACUUCGCCAACAACGUCACCGAUCCCAAGGCUGCGAUCAUCACAACUCUCGACUAUACUUUAGGCUCGAUUAUCGCCUCCGUAUUGAUGUUCUACGAUGCUCCAACACAGCCAGUUGGAAUAUUCGACGAAUUCCUGGCGAUUCCGGCGUUAUGUACAAACGUCGCCAGCCGUCCAUUCUUGGAUCUGGUGCAGGUUGAACCCACGAAUGAAACCGCCAAUUUCCGUGGGUACUAUAACACUGUUCCUCUUGUGGAAAUCACGGAUGGUAUCAUGAACGCUGUACUCGAUCAGGCCGAGGCAAGUACAUUUAAACACUGGGGAUCCGCACUAUCUGGAGACUGCUCUGCAUCGAUAAUCAGCUACGACGUCGAACCAUUCCUCCCAAGCAUUCUUACGCACGGUAGCGCAUCGGCGUACCCAUACGCUCGCACCCAACCCUUCCUGCCACUCAACAUUUACUUCUCAUGGAUAAGUUCCUCGGAAGAUCCGACGAUGCAUGAUGCCAUCGUUCAAAGCGCAACCAAUCUGACCAACGUGGCAACGGCGGAGGGCCAAUCUUUGACGUCCGCGCCUCAUUAUCCGAACUACGCCAUUUAUUCGACAAGCCUGGAGGAGAUCUACGGAACCGCCCUCCCGGAGAUGUAUGCGUUGAAAGCAACAUACGAUCCCGAUAAUGUUAUGAGCCUCUCAGGCGGCUGGAUGGUUUGA